AUGUCUGCCGCCGCCUGCGUCUCCUUCUGCCCCUCCCCCGCGUCCUCUCGCCACGGCGCCGGGCCGAUCGUCGACGUCGUCGGGCUGCCGCCGGCUGUGGAGGAGGCGGAGGAGCGCGGCGCCGAGAGGGACCUCCUGGAGUUCGGCGCCGACGGGAUGAUCAGCGCCAGCAGUGACAGUGACGAAGAUGCUGCUGCUGCUGAGAUCGAUGACGAGGAGGAGCACUCGGUGAGGAGGCCACGGGCGGUGGUUCAGAAGUUCAUGUGCGAACGCAAGGCUGUCGGCGACGGCUUCGUUCUCCGGAGGAGCAUUGGCAGGCCUGAGUUGCAGAGCUUGGAUCCUUUCAUCUCCCUGGACGAGUUUGAAUUUUCUCGUCCAGCUGGCUUUUCCGAUCAUCCACACCGAGGAUUCGAGAAUGUUACCUACAUGCUUGAGGGAGGCUUGAGUUACCAUGACUUUUCAGGCCACAAGGGCACGAUCAACACCGGGGAUGUUCAGUGGAUGACGGCCGGGCGUGGUGUGGUGCACGCAGAGAUGCCGGGCGGUGAGGGGGUGCAGAGGGGCCUCAACCUCUGGCUCAACCUCUCCUCAAAGGACAAGAUGGUGGCGCCGAGGUACCAGGACCUGAGGAGCCACGACGUCCCCACGGCGGAGAAGGACGGCGUGUCCAUCAAGGUCAUCGCCGGCGAGGCCCUGGGCGCGCGCUCGCCGAUCCAGACGCGCACCCCGGCCAUGUGGCUCGACGUCACCAUGCGGCCCGGCGCGCGCCUGCGCCAGCCCGUCCCGGCCGGCUGGAGCGCGUGCGCCUACGUCCUCGACGGCGAGGCCAGCUUCGGCCAGCCAGGGGACGAGGCGGCCGGCGCGCACCAGUGCGUCGUGUUCGGCGGCGACGGCGAUGGCGUGGACGUGCGGAGCGACAGCGCGACGACGCGUUUCUUGUUGCUGGCGGCGCGGCCGCACGGCGAGGCGGUGGCGCUGGACGGGCCCUUCGUGAUGAACACGAGCGAGGAGGCGCAACAGGCCAGGGAGGACUACCUGAACCGCCGCAACGGCUUCGAGAUGGCCGCCGGCUGGACCUCUAGCCAGUGA